AUGGCUUCUAAACAACAACUCCGCACGACCGUUACCGAUCUUCUUAAGAUCAACCAUCCUAUCAUCCUCGCUGGAAUGAACGUUGCCGCAGGACCAAAACUCGCAGCAGCAGUCACAAAUGCCGGUGGUCUUGGCGUUUUAGGGGGUAUUGGGUACACUCCUGAUAUGUUAAGAGAACAAAUCGCCGAACUCAAAUCAUUUUUGGAUGAUAAGAACGCCCCAUUCGGUGUUGAUCUUUUACUUCCACAAGUCGGAGGUUCAGCGAGAAAGACAAACUACGAUUAUACCAAGGGAAAAUUAGACGAACUCAUCACCAUCAUCAUCGACAGCGGUGCUAAACUCUUUGUUUCCGCCGUCGGCGUACCACCCCAACAUGUCGUUGAUCGACUACACAAAGCUGGUAUUCUUUAUGCCAACAUGAUCGGACACCCAAAACAUGUUAAGAAAUGCCUCGACCUCGGUGUUGACAUCAUUUGCGCACAAGGUGGAGAGGGUGGUGGACACACUGGAGAUGUUCCCACUACAGUCUUAAUCCCAGCGGUUGUCGAUCUCUGCAAGGGAAAGACUAGUCCAAUGACUGGAAAGCCUGUUCAAGUUGUUGCUGCAGGAGGUAUUUUCAACGGAGCAACUGUUGCCGCAGCUUUGAUGUUGGGCGCCAGUGCCGUGUGGGUUGGCACUAGAUUCAUCUUAACUGAUGAGGCCGGUGCACCAAAGGCUCAUCAAGAGGCUGUUAGAACUGCUGGACAUGAUGAUAACAUUCGAACAAUUAUCUUCACCGGUAGACCACUACGAGUACGAAACAAUAGUUAUAUUCAAAACUGGGAAGACAACCGUGCUGCAGAGAUUAAGGAACUUACAUCUAAGGGUGUCAUUCCAGUUGAACACGAUUUCGAGACUCUUGGUGAUGAUAUUGACGAUGAUACUAUGGAUAACGCGCGACCUUUCUUGAUGGGUAAAGCCGCAGCCGUUGUUAAUGAGAAGAAGAGUGCAAGGGCUGUUGUUGAUGAAUUAGUUAGCGAUGCAGUAGCAUGCAUCCAUAAUGGAGAGAAGUUGACGGCGAAGUUGUAA